AUGUUGUCCGUAUCCAAAUCAAAAAAACAUGAAAAGUCUCAAAGUGCUUUCGCUUUUGAAAACACUGCUACUACAAUUGCUGCCUCUCAAAUGAGAAACGCCUUAAAUAAACUAUCUGAUUCUCUAACCGAUGAUGAUCCAGACUUGAGACAAAAGUUUGAAAUCGAAAUGGACAACUUUUUCGCCUUGUUCAGAAACUACCUUUCUGACAAAGCCUCUGGCAACACCCUUGUUUGGGACAAAAUCAAAUCUCCAAAUCCUAAUGAAGUCCUCCACUACAACAAAAUCCUGUCCAUCAAUGCCUCCUCCCCUUCUUCCCUCUAUCACAACAAUAGCACAAAUAACAACCUCUCAAAACUAGCCGUCUUGAAGCUAAAUGGUGGUCUAGGUACCUCCAUGGGUUGUGUUGGUCCCAAGUCCGUUAUCGAAGUAAGAGAUGGCAACACCUUUUUAGAUUUAUCCGUCAGACAAAUCGAAUACUUGAAUAGAAAAUAUGACUCUGACGUCCCCCUCUUGUUAAUGAACUCCUUCAACACUGAUAAGGACACUCAACACUUGAUCAAAAAAUAUCAAGGCCACAGAAUUAGAAUCAGAACUUUCAACCAAUCAAGAUUCCCAAGAGUUUUUAAAGAUUCCCUACUACCUGUCCCAACAAACUACAACGACCCUUUGAACUCCUGGUACCCUCCUGGCCAUGGUGAUUUGUUCGAAGCUCUUGCUGCCUCAGGCGAACUAGACUCCCUUAUCGAUCAAGGCAAAGAAAUUCUCUUUGUUUCAAAUGGUGACAACUUAGGUGCCACUGUAGAUCUAAACAUCCUAAACCACAUCUUGGACACUAACGCCGAAUAUAUCAUGGAAUUAACCGAUAAAACUAGAGCUGACGUUAAAGGUGGUACUCUUAUCAACUACGACGGUCAAGUUCGUUUACUAGAAAUCGCUCAGGUCCCCAAAGAACACGUCGAAGAAUUCAAAUCAAUCAAAAAAUUCAAAAAUUUUAACACAAACAACUUGUGGAUCAACUUGAAAGCAGUUAAACGAUUAAUCGAACUAAACUCCCUCGACGUCGAAAUCAUCCCUAACUUUAAAACAAUCUCCGUAAACGGCUUGGAAUCAAACGUUCUUCAACUAGAGACCGCUGUUGGUGCCGCUAUUAGACAUUUUAACAAUGCCCAUGGUAUCGUCGUCCCAAGAUCAAGAUUCUUGCCUGUCAAAACUUGCUCAGAUUUAAUGCUUGUCAAAUCUGACUUGUUCUACCUCCAACAUGGCGCCCUCAAAAUCGAUCCCUCAAGAUUCGGUGGCUCUCCCUUGAUCAAAUUGGGCUCCCAUUUCAAAAAAGUCAAAGACUUUCAAUCCAGAAUCCCACACAUGCCUGCCAUCCUAGAAUUGGAUCAUUUAACCAUCACAGGUAACGUCAAACUAGGCAAAGAUGUCACCUUAAAGGGUACCGUCAUUAUUGUUUGUCAAGAUGGUCAAUCAAUCGAUAUUCCAAAUGGCUCUGUUCUAGAAAACGUUGUCAUAACCGGGAACUUGAAGAUCUUAGAACAUUAA